UGAUCGUGAUUGCUAGGAGCAACAGCUACUAAAACAGGAUUGGAAUGAAUUCUGGCGAAUCAUCAAACGAUGAAGUUGAAGAUAUCAAACAACAUAGAAACCUUGAUGUGGCUUCGACAGCUUCUCUUGAUCUGGUUGCCUUAAACAAUAAGGUUAUUUCUAUGAGGGGCCAAAUUAAGAAGGUGAAAGUUCAAGUAAUCCACAAGCUCACAAGACAAAUAACAGCACUACAGAACAAAGAAAGAGGUCCAGAGAAGUUACUAGAGAAAAAUAAAAGAAAAGCAGAAAGAUUAGUAGAGGAAGUUCAAGUUUUAAAAGACUUAAAACCAGACGGCAUAGCAAAAUAUGCCAUUGGACAUACAAUUUCUUUCACUGAUGUUUGCAGAGAGCCAAAGGCCUCUUUGGAAACCAAAGCACUGGCUAGACUGACAGAUCACAAGAUAUUGCAAGAUUCUGUUAAAGAAUUCCGCAGAGACCAUGAGGACUGGAUGUCUUUGGCAGCUUUUCUGAUGAGUCGAAAUUCAGGACGAAGAAUCAAAAAACAAAAACCAAAUCGUGUAGAUAAAAUCAUUACCAAUGUCAAGGCUGGAGAAGUUCUGGUGAAAUCGUAUUUGCAAAAUCGUCUGGAAGGAGAGGAAGAAGGCUUGGACAAAGUUCAGAAAUUGAAUGCUGGGAAGAAAAAUCCAGACAAUUCAAAACAGGAACAUACAGACACUUUAGCUAAUCCAAGUUUUCCUGGAGAUGGAGGGGGGUCUGAUAUGGAGUCAGGUUUGAAUGAAGAAGAAAGUGAGGAGUAUUCUGAGGAAGAUUCUUUUAACAGUGAAGAAUUGUCAGGAAAUGAGUCAGAAAAACUACAAGCAGAGACAUUACCUAAAUCAAUAGUACAAAGAGAUUCAGUUAAAUCAAGCACAAAAACAUCUAAUAAAAAUAAACAAAUACAUAAAAAGGAAGAAAAGCAGGAUAGCAAAAACUCAGAAAUGGUAAUAAAGAAAUUAAACAUGGAUGAUCUGGAUAGUGAAAGUGAGAUACCAACAGAUUCUGUGCCUUCAUUUCUUACAGGAGAGGAUAAAUCAAAAUCCCCAGAUACUGAAACAAAGAGACACAAAAAGAAAGAUGCUUUCUUUGUUACUAGCGAUGAUUCAGAUGGAGAGGAUGAAGAUGAUAAUCCAGAGGACAGUUACCGAUUAAAGGGAGAUAAUUCAGAUGAGGAGGAGGAGGAAUUGGAGAGGGGAAAACAUGCAUUUAGAUCAACAUUCCUCGGCUCAUUGUCUGAAAAAGAUUGGAGAAGAAGCACCAAAGAAAGAAAUGAGGACAGGUCAAAGAAGGCAACCACAUCACAAUCCUUCACGAAUUUUCAAAAAAAUAAAAGGAACAGAGGAUUUCCAAAUAAUAAUCCUAAACAAAACAAGCAAUUAAGGUCAAAAGAAACACAAGACACUGCCCGAAAAGAUGUCAAGAAUGAAAAGUUACAUCCUUCAUGGAUUGCAAGCAAGAAACGAAAAGAGCAAGCACAAAUAAAAUCAUUUCAAGGAAAGAAAAUUAAAUUUGAUGACUAGCAUUAACCAUAUUAGAAAAAUUUAAUCAUUUUUUGAUACCUUGUGUCAAUACAAUGUAUUAAAAUUCAUGUAUAAAUUUCAAUAAAUUGUGUUACUUGA